AUGGUUGCUUUGAGACCUGGAGGAAUUCUGGGAUGUAGAAUGUGGAUCCUCUUCAUCCUUGUCCAUCUCAUAAUGGAUCUGUCUGUAUGUGCACCAGCAGGCCAAGGGCUCACACUGAAACUACUGCCCAGAUCAGUGUCCCGCUGGCAACCACACCCUCUGCCUAGUCGGGACACGCUCACCGGCCAGCACUCGAGGACUCGUGUCUUGCAUCGUGGUGUUCCACCUCCCUUGCCAUCACUAGGCAAUCAUGGGGAGCUGGGGGGCACCAAACUGUGGUGGCGGAGAAACCGCAGGUCACUCCAAAAACGACAACUUUGUGCAGAUUGCCAAUUGACCCCCUCUGAGAAAGGGAAGUCGGCUGCAUUACCAGAGGGGAGUAAAUCUGAUUUAAAUCUGCAUUUAUCUCGCUCACGGAGGCAGCUGAAAGGGGACGGCUAUGACUCCCUGGAGGGGAGGACCACUACAGUGGCAGGAUUUAUUGACUGGGGCCCUACAGGGGCUGAUGAGGUGCUUGAGGAGGAGGCGAAGGCGACCCUGAAUGCCACCGUCACCUUUUUAGCCCCAUCCACCACCACAGUUACCAUAACUAGCACUACCACACGCAGCCCCCAAAGGACGUAUGCAGAGAUUACAACUGCACAUCCUAAGAGGCACAGCACCACACAGCCAAGCAACUCCAGAGUGACUGCCAAACCACCGAAACCUUUUGAGGGGACACCAGGUCUGGCUGUUCACCAGAUCAUCACCAUCACUGUGUCCCUCAUCAUGAUCGUUGCAGCCUUGAUCACGACUCUAGUCCUUAAAAACUGUUGUGCGCAGUCCGGGAAUGGCCGACACAGCAGCCAUCAGAGAAAGAUCAACCAGCAAGAGGAGAGCUGUCAAAACCUGACCGACUUCACGCCCGCCCGCGUGCCCAGUAAGAUGGACAUCUUCACCGCCUACAAUGACAGUUUACAGUGCUCACACGAGUGCGUGCGGGCCGGCAUACCGGUGUACACAGAUGAGAUGAUCCAGCACACACCCAUCUACAAGACCUCCUACAAUGGAAACAGACCGUCGCCCACUGAAAGGCAGCUAAUCCCUGUGGCCUUUGUGUCGGAGAAAUGGUUUGAGAUCUCCUGUUGAGGCCCUUUUACUACCUUUGGGUUGAGCCCACGUCUUCAGUUUGUGCCCUGGAUCUCAUUGGAAAACCUGUGAGUCAAACACAAAAGACUAAAACACAAUAAAGCAAAACAAAACCGCAAGAACAACAACGACAA